AAAAAAAAAAAAAAAAAGUGCUUUCGGUAAACCAGUUUAGGGUGAAAAACACGAGGAAAUAUCAUGAAGAGGGAAAAAGAAAAAAAAAAAGAAUAUAGAAAUCAUUACCCAGGAGCAAAUCACUACUGUAUUACUAUAUAUAACAUAUAAAUGCACACCAUCAGUUCUGAGAUACCCAGUAUCAAAACCAGAGAGCUGAGAAGAGAGAGAGAGAGAGAGCUUAAGAAGAAGAAAAAUGGCGAUUCCGAUCCCAAGCAGGCAAUUAUUCAUCGACGGUCAGUGGACGGAGCCAGUUCUGAAGAAGCGCAUCGCCGUCAUCAACCCCGCCACUGAAGAAAUCAUCGGCGACGUUCCGGCGGCUACUUCGGAAGAUGUGGAGCUCGCGGUGGCCGCUGCUCGGAGAGCCCUUGCGAGGAAGACCGAUUGGGCUUCGGCAUCUGGGACUGUUCGUGCCAAGUACCUACGCGCUAUUGCUGCUAAGAUAACGGAGAGAAAAGAAGUGCUAGCUAAACUUGAAGCAAUUGAUUGUGGAAAGCCAUUGGACGAAGCGGCAUGGGACAUUGAUGAUGUUGCUGGGUGUUUUGAGUACUAUGCGGAACUUGCUGAAGGUUUGGAUGCAAAGCAGAAAGCUCCUGUAUCUCUUCCUAUGGAGACAUUCAAAAGUUAUGUUCUUAAGGAGCCUAUUGGGGUUGUUGGGUUGAUCACGCCAUGGAACUACCCUCUCUUGAUGGCUACAUGGAAAGUAGCUCCUGCCUUGGCUGCUGGAUGUGCUGCGAUUCUAAAGCCAUCUGAAUUGUCGUCUAUAACUUGUUUGGAGCUAGCUGAUGUUUGUCAGGAGGUUGGCCUCCCUCCCGGUGUCCUUAAUAUUCUGACCGGAUUGGGGCCUGAAGCCGGAGCACCUUUGGCAUCUCAUCCUCAUGUUGAUAAGAUUGCCUUCACUGGAAGCACUGCUACUGGUAGCAAGAUUAUGACUACCGCAGCUCAAUCAGUCAAACCUGUUUCACUUGAGCUUGGUGGAAAAAGCCCCAUUGUCGUCUUUGAGGAUGUUGACCUUGACAAGGCUGCUGAGUGGACCGUCUUUGGUUGCUUUUGGACAAAUGGUCAGAUUUGCAGUGCAACAUCCCGUCUUCUAGUGCAUGAAAGCAUCGCAGCAGAAUUUUUGGACAAGCUUGUAAAAUGGAUAAAGAACAUAAGGAUCUCAGAUCCUCUGGAAGAGGGUUGCCGGCUUGGCCCUGUUGUUAGUAGAGGGCAGUAUGAGAAAGUCUUGAAGUUCAUCUCAACUGCUAGAGAUGAAGGUGCAAAAAUUCUGUGCGGCGGUGCCCGUCCCGAACAUCUAAAGAAAGGGUUCUUCAUAGAACCAACCAUUAUUACUGAUGUCACCACCUCCAUGCAAAUUUGGAGAGAGGAAGUUUUUGGACCUGUUCUGUGUGUUAAAACAUUUUCCACUGAAGAUGAAGCCAUCGAAUUAGCAAAUGAUACACACUACGGCUUAGGUGCUGCUGUAAUUUCAAAUGAUCUAGAAAGAUGUGAGCGCUUCACUAAGGCUUUCCAGGCAGGAAUAGUUUGGGUCAAUUGCUCACAGCCAUGCUUCUGCCAGGCUCCAUGGGGAGGCAACAAACGAAGCGGUUUUGGGCGUGAACUAGGAGAAUGGGGACUUGACAACUACUUGAGCGUGAAGCAGGUUACCCAGUACAUCUCUGAUGAACCUUGGGGUUGGUACAAGUCUCCUUCCAAGCUGUGAAAGCUUUUCCUUGAAUAAAACAGAGGAUAUAUCAUGUUCCAAGUUGCGCGAAAUAAAUCGAGAGGAUUGCUCCACCUUUUCAAUGACGGAAUGCGAGAAAUACUCUUCUAAUGUAGCUGUAGCUGAACUAGUGAGUUGAUUCUGUUAGUGUUCAUGUCUUAUCAUGUUUGUGCAUCAGUCUGAGUUUCUUUUAUAUUGUUCAAAACGCAUUUUGGGUGAUCUCUAGAUUGUAAAUCCAAUUAUACGAAAUAAUGCAUCGGGGUUUACUUGAUUCUUA